CCAGUCUGACAGAGGUUCAGCAUCAAUCCUCUUUCGGUACCAUGAACAAGCUCAUCAUUACGGUCUUGGCCAGCCUUUUCUUGGGGGUCUGUGACGCCAUCCCGUUCCCAUUUUCUCACAAAUGCCCUUGCGAAAAUUGUUGGGAGAAAUGCUUCAGUAAACCACCGCAUCCUUCCUUCGCCGAUGAAUACGCCCAACUCUACCAAUUCUUCAGCCGAGUCCAAUCUGAUCGAGUGCUGAGCGGGGCCGAAAGCUCUGUUCUCUUGAUCGAUCUCUCAAUUCCACAACCGCAGUCAAUUUUCCAAAAGAACCUUGUCAAAUUGGCCACAUUUGCCCUGAAUUCUGGACGCAAAUGCCAUCCAACGGCCAUCAGUGGCUACACAAGAUGGGGAGCGUUUGUGUGGUUCGCUUUGAACGUCCAAUGUCCCACUGCGUGUGAUAUGGUCGAUAUCAUCGAUUCCUUGCCUGACAACAUUCCCUAUGGUCCUCCAAAUCUUUUGGGCAUAAGCUGUUUAUUGGGCAAUUUUGCCAUGAAUUUGGAUCCAUUCAAGUGUAAAUUCGACGACAAGCGAUACGCUGUGGCCUUCACCAAUGAAAUACAGUGGGGUGUACCAUUUUGUUACAUUUUUCCCGUUCGACUAGAAGUGGAAACAAGAUUUGCCCCACCACCAUCUCUUUUUGCCCCCACUUUCACCACUGGAACUAGCGGCCAGGAACAGUUCAUCUUCACAAAUUCCCUGCUAACAGCCAGCAAAUAUUUGGUUGAUUGCAUAAGAAAGACGUGUUGUUAUAACAAGCCAUGGGACACUAUUGAACACGCGGUCAAAGGCAUGAAGGAAGCCAGAGCAUCGGAUAAUCGGAGCGAAGAUGGAGCAUCGGAAGAUGUGACUGAAGGAACAAUUUAUUACAUAGAUGCCAAAGAUUCCAAAGACGUUAAGAAGACAGAAGGAAACCUGCGAGAGUUCCUGGCAGAGAAGGAAAGAGAUGUCGAUCCAUGCGUGGUUAUCCCUUCGGAGAAUGAAGAGACUGGUGAAGGUUGCAUGGGAGAGCUGUGCAACGAUCCAGCUUAUCUGGAGGAAUGUCCCCAAAACUGUGAAAAAUGCAGUCGUGGCUGAUUGAUUGAAUGAUUGGAAUGGGGACAAACGACAGAUGUGGCCUCUAGUUAGUACUGACAAACGAGUGACCAAUAAAGUGUGUGCAUAAACGAAA